UCACCAGGCACGACAGUGGGCUCAGAGUCAAUUGGCAUGACAGCGGGCACCGGGUCAUCAGGUACCGGAUCGUCUGGCUCGACAGCAGGCACCGGGUCACCAGGCAUGACGGCGGGCACUGGGUCAUCAGGCAUUGGAUUGUCUGGCUCGACAGCGGGCAUCAGGUCACCAGGCAUGACAGCGGGCACCGGGUCAUCAGGUACCGGAUCGUCUGGAUCGACAGCGGGCACCGGGUCAUCUGGCAUUGGAUCGUCUGGCUCGACAGCGGGCAUCGGGUCACCAGGCAUGACAGCAGGCACUGGGUCAUCAGGCACGGCAGGCUCACCGGUUUGGAUACUGGCAGGAUGGUACUGGUUGGAA